AUGUUGCAUUCAAACACUUCCAAACGUCUUUCUCUCGAUCAAGCUCGCCGACAAACAUUCCGUUCAAAGGACACUGUUUUAUACAUUCACUCUGCCAAUCCAACCACCAUGACUAGAUACGCCAAAGACCAACCCGUUACCUCCGAAAACGCAAUCAAGCGCGUGGCCAUCGUUGGUGCCGGUGGUACCGUUGGAUCGCAUAUUGUCGACGCCCUGCUUAAAGCCGGAAGACACACAAUCACAGCUCUUUCCCGCGAAGGCAGCGGUAACACGUUCCCCGAGGGAGUGCAAGUCGCCCACGUCAACUACGAUGACGAAGUCACUCUUGUUGCUGCCCUGAAAGACCAGCAGUUUCUGAUCAUCACCAUGGCCCCCACAGCGCCCCGCGACACACACAGCAAACUCGUCCAAGCCGCCGCCAAAGCCGGGGUUCCCUAUGUCAUGCCGAACGAAUAUUCCGGCGACAUCGAGAACGUCAAGCUCGGUCAAGACAUGAUCCUAGGUCCCGUGGCCCAGGCGCAAAGAGACGAGAUUGAAAAGCUCGGUAUGAAGUGGAUCACUGUCUGCUGUGGCUUUUGGUUCGAUUACAGCCUGGGUGGAGGGGAGUCACGCUUCGGAUUCGAUUUCGACAACCGCUCUCUGACAUUCUAUGACGAUGGAAAUACCAAGACCUCGACGUCGACGUUGGCUCAGGUUGGGCGCGCUGUAGCCAAGGUCCUUGGUCUUGAUGAGCUGCCCGCUGAUGAGAAUGAUGAGAGGCUUACUCUUUCCUCGUUCUUCAACAAAGGCGUGUACGUGAACAGUUUUGUGGUCAGUCAGAAGGAUAUGUUUGAGAGUGUCAAGCGUGUCACUGGCACUACUGAUGCCGACUGGACGAUUACUCAUGAGGAUACCAAGAAGCGGUACGAGGAGGGUCUGGCGCAGGUGAAAACUGGAAAUAUGGCUGGCUUCAGCAAACUGCUGUUUGCUCGGGGAUUCUUCCCGAAUGAUGCCAGUGAUUUCUCGGCGAAGGCACAGAAUGAGCUGCUUGGGUUGCCGGAUGAGAACCUGGAUGAGUCUACCAAGGUUGGAAUCGAUCUGGUCAAAAAGCUGCAGCUUCGUCCUGAGCGAAUGGCGUCUUAG